AUGAAGGAUGCUAUGAUAAGGGUCCCCCAGGGAUAUUUGAAGGUCCUGUGUGAGGAGAUAAAGAUGACCAUGCAGAGACACCCGCAGAGCCUGGGGUACAGCAAGGAAGAGCUGAACAGGCUUAACCAGGCCAUCCAGCGGCUGACUGUGGAUGUGGACAGAGCUGAGAGUCAGCCCAGCGAACUCGAGGGAGCUCUGCAGGAGGAGGGUGCCUCAGGCAGUGCCAAGGGCAAGCUGGCCCAGCUGGAGGCUGCCCUGCAACGGGCCAGGCAGGACAUGGCCCGGCAGCUGCGGGAGUACCAGGAGCUCGUGGUCGUCAAGCUGAGCCUGGACUUUGAGAUCGCCACCUACCGCAAGUUGCUGGAGGACGAGGAGAGAAGGCUUGGCCUGAGACGGAGAUCAGAGAGCCUCAGAGCAGGUUCUGAUGCCCUGGAGACGAGCACUCCUGGUUGCAGCAGCCCACUCUGCGGCUCACCAGGCCGUGUCAAGGAAUUCAGCUGCAGAGACUUCCCCGGACGUUGA